UACUGCAUGUUAUAAAUUCACCUCUUGUGUCUCAAACAUUACAUUACAUUACUACUUUCUUUUUUUCUCUCUUUUUUGUUGUUUGAGAGAUCAAGAUCAAUAAUCACUGCAAAAGAAAUGGGUCGUGGUGGUGGAAAAGUUACCUUGAAACACAUUCAAAAUGAGAAAGUUCGGAAAUCAUCUUUCAUUCAGAGAAGGAAAGGAUUAACAAAAAAAGUGUCUAAAUUUUCUAAAAACUUUAGAGUUGAAGUUUGCUUAAUUGUGUGCGAUGGUGAUGGUGAUAGUAAACCAAUGACUUGGCCACAAGACUUCUCAACUCUACAAUCCAUGCUUACAAAAUAUGAGCAACAAAAGAUUGAGACGACUCCAAAGAAAUUUGAUAUGCAAGACUAUUUUGCAAAUAAGAAGAAUAUGGUUGAAGCUGAGAUUUUGAACGUGCGCAAAAAGAUCGUGAUGAACAAAUAUCAAACAUGGGGUCGACCUUUCAAUAACUUGGAAAUGGAGCAACUCAGAAGUUUUGUUGAUAUUGUAGAUCUCAAGAUUGAAGCCUGUAAUCAAAGAAUCAACAUGCUGAAAAAUAUGCAACAAAGUGAUCAGACCAAUUUCAUGCAAAAUGUGGGUUCAGAGAAUGUUGCAUCUCCACUAUCAAGUCAACCUGGUGAUCUGAUAAACCCCCUCAUUGAUAUCAGUGAGAUGAUUGAUUUCAGUGAUCUUAUGGAGUGGGAUGAAAUAAUGGCUCAGGAGAAUGAUUUAUCCUCCCAUUCACAUUCAAGUCAAGAUGUGAUGCAUAGCAUUCCUCAAAUGCAACAUGAAUUUGGAAAGUUGGAUGAUCUAGUGGAUAAAUCUGAUCAGGAAUGGGCUACUCAGCUUGAGGAUUUUGAUGAUUGGGCAGUCAAUAAACUAAAUAAUGGUGAUGGUUGGGUUAAGCAACCUUAUAUGUUUGAAUGCCAAGAUUUUUGCUUUUUAUCUGAAAUCGAACAACAAUGUGCAACUUUGGAUGCCUUUUACCAACCAAGAUAUGGAUUUUAAACAAAUUACCACAUAAUGUAUUUUGCUUGGUGUGCACUUGUUCAAUGAAUUACAAUUAUUGUUUAAUGAUUAAUAGUAUUUACUCGUUCAUCAAUGAGUUAAUUGUUAUGUUAUUAGUCUAUUAUU